CUUUUUGUUUACAUCGACUCGACUGUUAUUAUCAUGGAACUAUGAAGUUGGGUGUGUAAGCACAGUAGUGAUAAUCAUACCUAUGAACCUUUAGAAACUGCUUCUCUUCUUCACGUCGCUCAGUUGUACUGUUAUAGAAGUCCUGGAAACGCACAAAUGAGGUACGUAGAAUGCUUGCACUGACCUAAGCGCAUUUUCAUCAUACUAAUAUGGCGACUAAAUUUCCCAAUACUUGACAGCUGAAUUUCGUUCUCUUCCCGAACGCAGUAGUUUUACCGUAGUCUAUGAAAUAGAGAAGCAAUCAGACGCAAGCUUUUCAUGAAUUUAUUUGUUGCAUUAAAGUUCAUUUCGCCGGUAAGAGAAUUUAAUACACGGCUGAAUUGGCAUUUUUUUUCGCCGAUUUCGAAACGUCUCGAAGAUCAAAUCUCCAUUGUGUUUAUGUUUUUUUUGUCAUACCUUGGUAACAAUCAAUUCAAGUUUCACCCUUUGAAAUACGAAAACUGGCGUCGAUUUUUGCUAUAAGUCAGCACAGACUUGUUCACCAUACGUUCAUACUCGUAUGAAGAAAUUUGAUGGAGCUCAAUUUGCAGAGCCGGGGGCGCCGAUCUAUUUAUGUCUUUGUUGCUCUGGCGUAUUCAGCUAUCUUAGCUUGUGUUGUCGACUUAAGCAUUUUAUUCUGAUUGCUGUUGCUCAUGGUUUAAGCGUUAAAUAAUAGUAUUGGAGUGGUGAGUCUUUAAAAAACGUUCAUUUUUUAGUCAUGGAGAAACAUCUACGAUCGAACUGACAAGAUUCUCCAAAACAUGUAUCUGUAAAUUCUGAAAUGCUUAAUUAUAAAACCGUUACGUAGUUGAUGUUCCUGUGGUCAUUGCUCCUCUGGUAACAUUUAUUUAUGCCGGGGUGAUCAGAAACUUUGAUUCUCUAAAAUGAAUGAUGAGAUCUUCACUUCAAUUUUCAUUUUAAAAACCCUCAGGGUGUACGUAGGUCAAGGAAAAUUUUUGAAAUACGAGAUUCUUGUUCAAUAUCAAGGUUCAAAUGAUAUUGAGGCUAAAAGGUCACAGGAAAUGUAUGUUUGACUUAUAUGGAUGUGUUUGUUAGUCAACUUUUCAAGUGCCUUGUGGCUGUUUCACUUUUAAGAGCUUACAUGUAUUUGUAAUUAGUUUCAAGAAGUAGCAUUUACGACAUGAAAUAAUUUGUAAGGCAUGCCAAUGAGGAAAAUUAGGGAAAAAAUGAUCGGUCCCCAUCUCUGCUGAGUUUAUUAUGUGUGCAUCUAGGCUACUUCUCUAAUUCUUCUAAUUAUCAUUAGCAGUUUGAAAUGAACAGUUAAAUUGGGAUCAGUUGAAGGCUGGGACCUCCUGGGUGGAGCAUGGGGAUAUUCAUAAUAUAACAUUUAGGCUAGUUUUACUGAUAUUUAGAGACAAAAGACAUUAUUUGACAUAGUAUUUAUUUUAGAAAAUAAUGAAAAUAUUCCCCAAAAGAUUGAAUUUGAAAGGAACAGAGCUAGCUAAGUUACUGAGCAUAUGUGAAAACCAUAUCUACAAAAUUGCAGAAUAGAUACUUGAAAAGUUUGUUUUAAAUCAAUAUAUAGAUAUGAAGUACUCAAUUCCAAAUUUAAAAGAUAAUUAAAAAGAACGAUAGAAGAAGAAAUUUGGUGCAGUGAUAGUAACUUUCAUUUCUUGUAGACUAAGUUUAAGGUUUGUCUACAAGAAUGAUUCACUGUUAUAGUGAACAAAGAUAUAUGCUAAGAAAAGCACUUCUUCACUAAAGAUGAUGACUACUAGGAAGAGCAGUGUUGAAGUUGUCAUGUAUGUAAAAGAAUAAAUUUUUAGGGUGGUAAUGAAGUAGAGAAAGAUGUUAUUCAAUGCAUUGUUACAAGCACGAGACAAAGAAAAAAAAUUCUGAGUGCCUGUGAGGAAUUGAACCUCAAUCUUCUUGUUUUAAAAUCACAAUGUAGUCUCAAAUCCAACUUUUGUGCAAAAAUCUGGGAAAUGUAAUUUUUGACAUUGAAACUUUCAAGAAUGGAGGAUUAUAGCUCUUAAGCCACAAAAAACAUCUCAGGCCUAACUUAGGCAAGCCAUGUUGUAGCUUCCAGGACAAGUUCUGCUCUAGAGUGCUCAAAGAAAGAUCCUGGGAAUAAAUUGUUCAGUAUGGAUAUUGUGUUAACAAAUAUUUAAUGAUAACAUAUUUGUACAGGACAGCCCUUCAGUAGAUAAGUAAUGUCAUGAAAGGGAUGCUUAGUUUUCUACAAAUGCCCAAAUCCACUCCUGACUAAUUAUGAAAUAUGUGUAAACCUUUGUAUUACAUGAUUGGUUGAUUAUUUGCCCAUUGAUUUAAAAAAGGGAAAAGCAUUGACCAGAUUUUUUGUCAAAGUUUGCCACAUUGCUUUCAACUCUUGGUAUCUUAGGAAAGCUGUUUAAGUGUUUAGAAGCAACAGUAUUUCCAAUCAUGCUUCAAUGUGGUAGAAUAGUUUUCAGAAUUUCUUCAUCCCACAUGUAUUUUUGAAAGUUCAACAUUUAUAUGCAGUUAUAUCUUUCCUAUAAACAGGAAUUGUGUGUGGCUGACUGAACUUGCAAAAUUAGUGAACUAAUAAAUUUAAGGUAAGCAAAAAAAAAAAAAAGGACACAAGUUCUUCUUUGUUAUCUGUGACCCUAAGCAAUGUCUGUUUUGUUUGUUGUUCAGUAAAAGUGAUUUGGUAAAUUGUAAAUUUCAAACAAAACUCGACAUUUUACACUGUAUAGACACCAAAAUACUGUUAUAAAUACUACUGAAUAGGUCUCAUUCACAGCUGUCCUUUUGUCUUAUACACAAUAGGCCCUUUCUGUUAAGUAGAGAGUAUGCAUUUCCUAACAUCACUUAACAACCACCGCAAAGGGGACUACAGCUUUACAUAGUCAUUAUAGAAAUUAUCAGAGACAACUUUUUUCUAAUUUCUGGCACACAUAUCUGUUAUCACUUUAUAAAGUGAGGUUCUUUGGUCUUUAAAAUAUUGAUGACAUAUUGAAAGGUUUUUUGUUUUUUUUCCAAUAAUUUUUACCAAUUUUCAGAUGAUAGUUUCCUGUGGGUUGAAUGUCAGCAAACUGCUCAAAGUGCUAAAUGAGGGGCUUCUGAAAGAAGAGACACACCUUGCUCCCCUCAUGUGCUUGGCUGGAAAUGAGGUUUGUAAAUGCACAUUUAUCAAUCAAAUAUUGUAGUAGGUCAUGUGUAAAUUAUUAUUUUUGUAAUUUUCCUUUUAGGAGAAAAUGUAACUGAAUACUGUGACUAGAACUUUUGGCAAAUUUUCAUGUGUAAUUGCAGACCUUUAAACAGAAUGGCAGAAAUUGUUUGUAAGUCAGAGGGUUCAUAAUUGGUCUCAUCUGAAUUUUAUAGUUAAACUGGUACAAAAUGAAUGUGUGCAGAAGGAUUGUUUCAGGAUGAACAAGUCAUUAAUGCAGAGGGUUCAAUGUCAUGAUAUAAUAACAAGACAUGCAAAAGGUACUCAACAUUUGUUGUCUUUUUUCCUGCUAGGAUUCAGAUGGAAUCAGUCUUUCCAACCGAGACAACAGUACAGUUUUUAUACUCAAUUUGAGCAGGCAUUGUGGAUUUCACUCAGAGACAUUCUCCCUUUCUGUAAAUUUGCUUGACCGUUUCUUAUCAGUUGUAAAGGUGAGUUAUUUGUUGCUGUGUACUGUGUUCAUGUAGAUAUCUCUCCUAUAGAAUGCUUAAGAUGUAGAAGUUUAAGCAAUUAAAUUUGAUAAAUUCAGGGAUACCUUGAAUUAACAGUAUGUGUCUAUAUUUGAAUAUACAGUCAUGUAAUGUCUUUUCUUAUCAUUUUCAAAACUACAAAAGAAAUGGUGUACAAUUUAAUGGAAUUGAAAUGUCCAAUUUUUAUUUAAAAAAUUACAGCAAUGCAAUUUAUGAAUAUGCUAUCAAGUAAAAGAUGAGUUUGAAAUCUAUCAAUUACUUUUUCAAAAAUUAAGUGUCUAAGUUGUUUAAGAUGUGCUAAGUUGUAUUUUCAAGAUAUGAAGAGUUUUUUUAGUAGAGGUUUUCAUGAUCAUACUUAUCUUUAUCUUUACAUGAAGGCCAACCCUAAGUAUCUUCCAUGUAUCAGUAUUUGCUGUCUGUUCCUUGCUGUUAAGAUGUGUGAAGAGGAUGAGGUACUAAGCUUUUGUCAUUAUCUUUUUAGCUAGGGUGUUUAAUUAGCUGUAAAUGUUGUGUUGAUGAUUUAGUAUGUAACUGUACCAAGAGUUAAAAACAAUUUUGAAUUAAUAAACCAUAGUCACCAACAAGAAAUCAGUCAUUCCCUGUUCAAGUUUUUUGCCCAUAGUUAUACAAUGUACAAUGUGUGUGCUUUUGUAGGAGUACUUGUAGUUAACAAGCAAAUUGCUGUGUUGAACUUCUUUAAGACAAAUGUUUAACAACACUAACAUUUGUUUCAGCUCCUUCUGUUUAUGUAAACAGGGAAUGAAUCUUGUUAACCUUUUAAUGCCUGAGAUCUCAUUAGUAAUUCUCCUUACUGUCUGCUAUGCAAUUCCUGUGAUGCUAGUUCUCAGAAUUUGGUACUGGGUCAACUAGAAAAUCCUCAAAUUUACAUUUUGAUAAUUCUUAUCACCUGUCUGAUUGACAUUGUAUUGAUAUCAUAAGGAGAAAUUCUGUCUUGGUCACUAAUAGGAGUUAAAUUGAUUUGACGAGGAGCACUGUAUGCUUUAACUGUGCAGGUGAACCCUAAACUGAGGAUACUUGCACACAAAUGCAUGUAUGUAAACACAUAUGGUAAAACUGCUUGAUGAUAUUCCAUUUUUUGUUUAAUUUUCUCUGCUAGGAUGUUCCUACAGCUGCUGAUUUGGUCAAAGUUAGUGGACUUAACUUUUCUUCAUCAGAUCUGCUACGAAUGGAACGAAUCAUUCUUGAUAAACUUAACUGGAAUCUGAAUGCUUCAACUCCUUUAUAUUUCCUGCAGGUGGUAAGUAAAGUAACAUUUGUUUGAAAUGUUUAUGGGUGCAUACCUAAAUAAUAAUAUACAAUUAAUAACCUACAGACAAUAUGCAAGCUUAAAUGUCUCAUGUCUUCUUUCAGUUUCAUGCCUUGUGUGUUUCAAAAGGAUUUCUAGACCACUGUCCAGUGAACCAUCAUUUACAGCAUAUCACCUCGCUCUUAGAAGAUCUCCUUUGCUGUCAUAAGUUUAUGUUUUUCAAGGUAAUUAUAUAAUAAUGGAAAUUAAUACCCUCACCACAACUUUAAUGUAAAGAUGAUACAGGAGCACCUUAAACUAGAGUCAUAUGAAUCCAUUAAGAUUGAAAGUUUGGAUAAAAAAUAACAUUUAACACUUUGAUAGAGCUUUUGACUAGUAGGAAAAUACUACUAAGCAGGUCACUAAAUUCUGAUUUAAAAUUCAAAAUCUCUCUAUUUUCUAGCCAUCAACAUUAGCACUGGCCUUGUUGAGUUGUGAAUUGAUGUAUGUCAGCAGCAACUGGCUCCUGGCAACGCAUUUUCUACAAGAACAGGCAAAGGUAAUAGUGUUCAACUAUAUAUACUGGAGUUAAAGAUCUUUGGAUGGCUAACAGAACUGAUUACUUAAAAAUGUAUAUGUUGGCUAGAGGCACCCAUACCCACCAUUUUGAUGUUUUAAGAGUACAGAUCUUAAAAAUUGAACAUAUUGCUUUGAACACAAAGAAAAAAUUGUACCGUCCUGUUCGCUAUCCCAUAGCACAAGUUUGAAUAGCAUUUAUCAGCUUAUAAAGGGUAGUUUUUCAUGUUCAAUUAAUUGCUGAUUAUUUUGCUUUUCUCUUGUUUCUUUAACAUGGCAGAUUCCUGAUGCUGAACUUUGGCAGUGUUGUAAACUACUUAAUGACCACUUCAAGUCUAUUUCAAAAAGUCACUCAAUCAAAAUGAAGACACUGACAUUAAGUGAUAGACAAGAUCCUUCAUUCCCUGCUUUGAUAGGGAACUAAUACUAAUCGAGGUGAUCACAGUAUCUAACUGGUGGUGUGGUUUAAGCUAUAGAGUAUGAAAAGUCGUAAGUGUUUCUUUAAAAAAAUGCACUCAUAGCUGUGUUUAAUAAGUCAUUUUCAUCUUAAUUUACACACGUGUCAAGAAAAGUCUUAACCUUAAUGUAUGUGUCGUGUCCUCCUAAGGCAUUUGAAGAGUUUUGCUCUCCAUUUGUUUUUGUUGUGUAAUGCAAGUUUUAUGACUGGUUGGUGUGCAAGAUUUGUUUUUAUGGUGGAGAGGAAUAGAAAACUUUUAUUGUACUUUAGGCAUUUUGUUAAAUGUAUGUAAAUAUUUUAGUAUGGGAU